AUGGCCAAGUCAUUAAGAUCCAAAUCUAAAUUGCAAGCAAAAUCAAUCAAAAGAAAGGGCGAAUUUGCCAAAUAUGCUGAUGAAAGAAGUAAAAGAAUAGCUGAGAGAUUAGCUAAAGAAACCGCCAAACAAGAAGCUGAGAAAAAGAGUAAGCAAGAGAAUGGUCAAGAGACGAUGGAUUUAGAUGAAGAAGACAAAGGUGAUACAGAUGGAAAGAGUAAGAAGGUUAGUACGUCGGGAUGGAGGGAUUCAAAUUCUCAAAGAUAUAAACAAAGACAACUCAAGAAUAAAUCGAAAAAAAAGACCUUGAAGUUCUAA